AUGUUGGACAGAACUGAGCCGGCACACUGCACCGUGUGCUGCUGCACGCUGGCCAACAAAAUCCUCAUGGUGCUCUUCAUGGUGCUGCUGAUCUUCGCCAUCUUGUUUGGUAACUUGGUGACUCUGGCCGUGGUUCUGGGGACUAAACACUUCCACACGCCGCAGGGAUACCUGAAGGCGUCGCUCGCGGUGGCCGACCUGGCGGUGGGGAUAUUCGUGGUGCCGCUGUCCGUCUACGCCGAGGUCUAUCUCAUGGUGACCGACUCUGCACCGGAGUGGACUUCGUACAACUCGCAGUCGGUGAGUUUCCACCCGUGCAACGUGAUAGGCCCCAUCUUCGCUGGCUGCACCUUUGUCUCCAUAACGACGAUUUUCCUGCUGACGAUCGAGCGGAGCAUCGCUGUGUUGCGCCCGCUGCACAAGGACUCGGUGAUUACUCGUAAAAGGACCACGAUCCUCAUUGUCCUCUCCUGGGUGGGGAGUUUCCUCUUGGCCGUGUCUCCGAUGGUUUUCAGCAGCGAGAUCGCUCUGGAGUACAACUCCUGCAGCCGGAUGUGUAACUACGCGCUGGGGACCAUCGGCGAGUUCCCCAGCCAGGCCUGGAACAUCCUCCUCCUGUUCCCCGCCUUUGACUUCACCCUCCUCGGCGGCACCGUGGUGAUAAACCUCAUCUCCCUGUCCAGCAUCAGGCAGCACUCGAGGCGCAGGAAACACCUGGCCAUGUCCGAGUGCCAAAACAGCACCAAUCCCACCUUCUCUGACAUUAAGGCGGCCAAGACCAUCGGGACUUUAACGGUGGCGUUCACGGCGUCGUUCACCCCCAUCGCCGUCUUUGUCGUGGGGAACGUUUUGGGGAAUAAAUGGUGCAACUUUUCCUUUUUCGCCUUCUGGAUUCUGGCCACCAACAGCUGCUGGAAUGUCAUCAUCUACAGUGUGAGGGAUCAGAAGUUCAGGCUUCGCGCUCACAAGCUCCUCCUGCCUUUCCAGAGAAAAGACACGAGCAAAACCUAA